AGAGGUGAGGGGCAUCUCUUCUUUUAGUAUUUUUCUUUGGAUGAAAGAACAGUUGCAUGUUUUAUUUAAUCCAAUAUUUACUUUUCUUUCUUUCUUGCAAUUUCCCAGUACUUUGUUUUUCUAUUUCUCUCACUCUACUUUUGUCUCAGAGCUUGUUACAUACAAAGUUGAGGCAAUCUCUGGUUAGCUUUCUAAGAUAACUAUUUCCAUCUCUUUUGAUUCCACAAUUUGCCUUUGAUCUCAUGCUGUCUUCCUUUAAUCUCUCUUUUAAGAUAUUUGGAAAUUUGGGUUGCUUUCCUAUUUACUUAUAAUUCAGAUUUUGGUGUGUUUUUCCACUUAUUUUCUAAUUUUUCUGUGUUUAGGGGAGCUUAGUUUAUCUGGGUAUGCUCUAAUUUUAUUUAUCAUGAUUUCAAUAAUCUUCUCUAGCUUGGUUUCAUUUUAAUCGGAGUUACAUAAUUGUGGCAAUCUCUGGCAAUCUCGGUUGUUUUUAUUUGAAGGGUUUUGGUGGGGGUUGUUGAGGGCUGUUUAUUUUAAUGGGGAAAGGUUCGAAAAGCAACUGCAAGUUAGCAUCCCACAAACUCUUCAAGGACAGGGCAAAAAUCCGGGUGGAUGAUCUGCAGGGAAUGUUAUUGGAUCUGCAGUUUGCCAGGAAGGAGAGCCGCAGCGUCGAUGUCGCAGUCCUUGAGGAGCAAGUCCAUCAGAUGCUCCGUGAAUGGAAAGCUGAGCUCAACGAACCUUCUCCAGCAUCUUCAUUGCAACAAUAUGGGAGUCUUGGUUCAUUUUCAUCGGACAUUGGUCGGCUUUUGCAGCUUUGUGAGGAGGAAGAUGAUGCAACUAGUGCACAAGCUGCACCAAAACCUGAACCCAAUGAUCAAAGCCUGCAAGUAGGAGAUACUGCUGCUUUCCAGGAGGGUUAUGGAGUGAAUCAGGGGCAUCAUGAGCGUGGCUUUCCAUUAGUUGGUGAUUGCAAAGACUCGCCUUCCGGAGUCCGGGCCUUGCCAAUUAACAACUUGGAAGGGGCUACUCAAUUGAAUUACCAUCAGUUUGAUUUGCAUCAGGAUUUUGAGAACUUCUAUACGGGUUUAAAUGGUACAGGUUUCGGUGGGGAGGAUUCCAUGCCUCAUACUUCUAGCUAUCUGCUAAGUAUAUGCCCACCACCAUCUGCAUACUUAGGUCCAAAGUGUGCACUUUGGGAUUGUCCAAGGCCUACUCAAGGAUUGGACUGGUGUCAGGACUACUGUAGUAGCUUUCAUGCUGCUUUAGCAAUGAAUGAAGGGCCACCUGGAAUGGGCCCAGUUCUACGACCUGGUGGCAUAGGCCUAAAGGAUUGUCUGCUCUUUGCUGCUCUCAGUGCAAAGGCACAAGGAAAAGAUGUGGGUAUACCAGAAUGUGAGGGAGCUGCAACUGCAAAGUCUCCAUGGAAUGCUCCUGAGCUCUUUGAUCUUUCAGUUCUUGAUGGUGAAACAAUUAGGGAGUGGCUCUUUUUUGAUAAGCCUCGAAGAGCAUUUGAAAGUGGGAACAGAAAGCAGAGGUCUUUGCCAGAUUACAGCGGGCGUGGCUGGCAUGAGUCAAGAAAGCAAGUCAUGAAUGAAUUUGGAGGACUGAAGAGAUCAUACUACAUGGAUCCACAGCCACUGAACCAUUUUGAGUGGCACCUUUAUGAAUAUGAGAUCAAUAAAUGCGAUGCUUGUGCCUUGUAUAGGUUGGAAUUGAAGCUUGUUGAUGGUAAGAAAAGUGUGAAGGCGAAAUCAGCAAAUGAUACAGUUGCUGAUCUGCGGAAGCAGAUGGGAAGGCUUACUGCAGAGUUCCCAUCUGACACCAAGCGCUAUCUCAAAGGAAGGGCUAAGAUUAAUGCGAUGGUUGGUAUUGGAAAUAUUUAUUCCACUCCAAAUGAUGCUGCACCAACAAAUGAGAAGUUCGAUUAUGGCCUUGACGACUAUCUUGUUGACAAUUUAAGUGGUUAUUAUCUAAGAUAGUCGAAGAGAUGUGGAUAAAAGCUGAAGUAGCUGCAUCAAUUCAUCUAUAACUGGUUAUACAUCGGCUGAAGCAUUUUAACUCAUAGAAGUAGUGAGAGACUCUGCAUUUUUACCAGUCCUUUCUGCAGUUUUUCAUUAUCAGAAAAACAAGUCAAGCUCUUAUUUUGGUGGCCAUAAAUUUGUAAAGUUCAUUUGCACACAGUAGUGCUGCAUUAGUCUUUUUGACGAUCCUCGGUGCAGUCGCCCAGUCUAACUUCUGGAAGACGGUUACAAGCAAGAGAAAUGGCUGAUUUUCGUCAGUUCAUUUUUAUACCUAUUAUUACGACAUGUAAGCAAUAAAAGCUAAUUAUAUUUCUAGGGUUUUAAUACAGUAUGCUAAAUCUUUCAGCUGCUUAUGAAAAGAUAUCUGUCAAUAAGUGGGCAUAUAAUCAAGUACAUCAACAAAAAUUAGUUCA